UAACCAAAAGUCCGUGUUUGAUUGACAUUAGCGAGUAAUAAAUAUCAACAACAAAAAAUGGAAAAGGACGAUUAUUUUUGAUCACUUCAAUUAAUUUUAUUGUCUAAUGGAAAAUAUUGGGUCAUUAUUUAACAGUAACUAUUAUCAUCAGAAAGAAUGUCCGUACAUCCUGUAGACAUCUUCAAAGUAUACAACUCUAGUGACCCGAACUGCAAUGCAGAAAUUGAUGUUAAAACCUCGGUGAAAGAACAGUUUGCUCCUGUUCCGGAAGAAUUUCCCCAAAGCAGCGAAACAGCGGAAGUUGAUAAAAACAGCACAAAAUCAACGAAGCGAAAGCGCAAGAAACGAGUGCUGGUAACGAAGAAAGAACAGAAAAGAGCUGAAGCCCAGGUGCAACGCCGUCAAGCACGGCUGGUUAUCACCGAGGCAUGCAGCUGUUAUCUAUCCUGUCCCCGUAAGAUUACCCCCGAGCAGCGGCAAAUACUCAACGAACAGUACUGGCAAAUGAAUCACAUUGAGCAGAAAAAGUUUGUCCGUCGGUACUCCGUUCAGGGCAAAGUAAAGCGGCGACGGGUUCCGGUUGAUCCGCUCGGUGGUGUCGAUGUUAAGAAAGCCUAUACUUACUCAUUCUAUCUGCCCGACGACAGCGGAGAACUGCAGACCGUUUGCUGUACGUUUUUUCUCAAUACUCUAGGGUAUCGCAAAGGAUGCGGGAAUCAUAUAUAUCGCGCCCACGCGCGGGAAACUUUCAACGAUAAGCGAGGAAAGUACGAGCGGGAUCGCUCGCUGCGCGAUGCCAUCUGGGACGAUAUUUUGUCAUACUCACCCCGAACCUAUCAUAAGGGACUGAAGUAUAGCGCGACGGCGCUAUACUUACCCACUAAGUUGAACGCAAAACUUAUGCAUGCAGAUUUCAAGGUGCGCAGGGAAGCGAUCCGGGAAAAGCCCGGCUGUGCCAGCUUUUAUUGCGCAAUUCUUCGCGAGAUGGAUGUUCAUUUCGUCGAAAUGGAUGAUUUCGAGAUUCCCGAGCGAAAAACUUUCGUUCCUAAGCGUGAAACGACGCCUCCGAACUGGUCAAUGCCCGUUGCUCAUUUAGAGGAGGAAAUGCUAGAUUCAGCAGUGGCAGAACCGCCAUUAGAUCAACCAUUGAGUUUUGAACAGCAGCAGGCACCCGUUUUAGCAUGUCCUGAAUUAAAUCAGCAGACUAAAAUUUGUCCAGAACCGGGAGUGGGCCAGAAGACUGUCGAAAUUAAUUAUGCAAAUGUGCAGCAUCCACUUGCCUUUGGCAACCGGGUGAAACAAGAGCCAUAUUACGGAAUGCCAGUUGAAUCUGCGAGCAUAACAAAUUCAUACUAUGUCAAAGAAAGUGACCAUUAUUCUGACUCAUAUUCUAACAAUGUACCGGAUAAUAGUUACACCCAGUCACCUUUCUACGAUGCGUCGAACUGCCAGGAAAUCAAAUGCGAAGACGCGAAAGUUGCACUAUAUCAGGAAGACGAUCCAAUCGCGGAACAGGAAUUGACAUUCAAAGGUGAAACGGACCUAUCAGCGACCAAGGUGAAGACCGAAAGUCCGCCCAAACCGGUCACCAAGCCUAGAUCGAUGAAGCAAUGGAGGGCAAUGAAUCCGAACAUCACAGUAACGCUCGAAGGUUACCCUCCGGUUAAGCGCACCAAAAAGUACCUUGCCAAAUUGAAUAAUAUUGUAAAGAGAAAACAGUUGCACCCGGUGAUGCAUCUAGAGUGCAACUGCCAUCUCAGCUGCCGGCAGAAGAUCACCAGUGAGCGUCAGGAACGCAUCAAUAGUCACUACUGGAGUAUGACUUUCGCCGAUCAGCGCAUGUUCAUGCUGGAACAUACUGAGCGGCAUGCAAUCAAGCGUCGCAGGAAGAAAAUUUCCUCCGAUGAGCCGGCACGAAAGAGUUGCACCUUUUCCUAUCGACUUUCGGACGAGAGUGGCCAGUAUCAGUCGGUUUGCUGUCAGUUUUAUUUGAAUACGCUUGGCUACGGCGUUGGCAGUGGCAACGUUAUCUAUCGAGCUCACCAGCUAGAACUAGGUAAGGCAAUCUACGAUAAACGAGGUAAAUUCGCCCGGGACACUACGAUUCGGGAUACGAUGGAUGACGACAUCCUGUCGUACUUCACCGCCGAACAACAGGAUCGGGGAGGACCGUUUGAUUUGUCAGCCACAAGUUGGUCACCGAAAAAAAUGUACACUCAGUACGUAAAACGACAGGCGGAUGCUGGCAACGACAAACCCGGUAGUCUCGGGUUUUACUGGCGGCGGGUGAAAAAUUUAAACGUCCAAUUCGCUCCGAAACCCGAACCCAAAGCCGGUGGUAAGAGAAAAUCACGCUCAGCUAGCUCCACACAAAAGCGACCGGCGGUGAACCUGGACGUUCCGCCUGCCUAUUCUCUUGGCUACGAGAGCAUGCCACAGUAGGAUGCAAAACUUGCAAUUUAAGUAUUUUAGUAUUUAUUAUGCUGUAGAAAUCGGAUUAUGCUUUAUUACAAUAAAAAGAAUAAAUAAAUU